AUGGCUUGGUUGUAUAAUGUGUUUCAAUUAUUACUUUUGACGGGCCUGUGUGUCCGACCGUCACUGCAAUCACAAUGCAUGAGUUCGACGGUAAAGAAGCCGCGGGUGUUGGUACUCAGCGACAUCGACAACGAGCCGGAUGAUGCGCAGUCCCUGGUUCGCCUGAUGGUGUACUCCAAUGAACUACAUCUGGAAGGUCUCGUGGCGACGACCAGUAUCUGGCUCAACGAUACGACUCGACCCGAUCUCAUGCAUGACAUCGUCGAUGCCUUUGAAUUAUCUGUGCCGUAUCUGCGCAACCAUGCAUCGGGAUGGCCCGAAGCAAGCGAGAUCCACAGUUUAAUCGCGUCCGGACUGCCUGUGUACGGUAUGGAUGGCGUUGGAGAAGGGAAGGACAGUAGUGGCUCAACACUUUUGGUUAACGCGGUGGACAAGUCCGAAGAGCCCCUCUGGGUUCUGGUAUGGGGCGGUGCAUCGGUUCUGGCGCAGGCCUUAUGGCACGUCAAUGCCACCCGAUCGCCGGAGGAUAUCGAUCGCUUCGUGGCCAAAUUGCGUGUGUACUCAAUCUCCGACCAGGAUAACACGGGGACCUGGAUGCGGCGCAACUGGCCGAGUCUGUUUUACAUUGCCAGCGUGCACCAUUUCAAUCGCUAUGCGGUGGCUGGAUGGGGCGGCAUCUCGGGCGACGACUACUACCAUUUCCCAAACAAUGCCAACAAGGAGGUCAUCACAUCCGCCUGGGUCCAGCAGAACAUACAGACCGUCGGCCCGUUAGGAGCGAAAUAUCCGGAUGCGGACUUUAUUAUCGAGGGCGACACCCCUUCCUUGUUGCACGUUAUCCCGAACGGUCUUUCCGACCCAGAGCACCCGGAGUGGGGCUCAUGGGGUGGUCGGUAUGGGCCUGUGGCCUUUGGAGAAGGCCAUUUUGCCGACAGUGUUGACACCAUCGUGGAUGACUCGGGGCGAACGAUGAUAGGACCGCACGUCACCGUCUGGAGAUGGCGCGAGGCAUUUCAACAGGAUUUCGCAGCUCGCAUAAAGUGGACAAUAGCGUCCAGGUUCUCUGACGCGAAUCAUGCUCCGGUUGUCACGAUCGACGGGGACCGCACUCGUCAAGUUAUCCAGAUUCCGGUGGAACCAGGUCAGGAAGUCGUGCUGGACGCGACGGACUCUUGCGAUCCCGACGGAGACAACCUCACUUUCAAAUGGUGGCAGUAUUUAGAACCUUCCUCCAAUAACAACAACCCCCGGAGAGAUGUUGCUGAGCUUUCCCUGAGUUCUACGGACUCCCCCCGAAUCACUGUCACAAUUCCCCCGAGCGAGGUAAUAAGGCGAGAAGGCCGCAACACACACCCGGAAAGUGACAAGCACCUGCACCUCAUCGUCGAGGUUUCUGACGGAGUCCUGGUAUCCUAUCGUCGGAUCAUCUUCACGGUUCCGGGCUUAGAAGCUGCUCGGGACAAGCAGAAGAACCACGAUGAACUGUAGCGGAUAUCCAACUGUGUAUAUUACCAUUGACCUUGGUUCGUAAUUUAGGCCUAGGCAUUCAGUUAAGACAGCGAUCAUUCUACAAAUAUCUCCUGAGAAGAACCUGUUGAACAAG